CCCAGUGGACUUGCCGUAGCUGUAGAAUAUCAGCGGCAAAUUUUGUUGGUGUUUUAGCCGCCACUGCACAAGACUUUGUACAAAUGGUUCAGAUAGUCAUACGAGGAAGUGUGGAUGGCAGCAGUCCUCCUGAGUGGCUGCUGAUCGAGCUGCAGGGAGAAAUAGUGUCCAGACAUAACUCUGGUCUGGCGGGAAGUGUGAUGGGAGACCUUCUUUACACCAAAGAGGGGGUGCCAGUGUUGAUUGUAGGACAUCACAUAUUGUACGGGAAGCAGGUCAAACUGGAGAAACCCUUUGCUGUUCUCACGAAGCACCCAGCCCAAUCACAGGACACCGUGGACAGCACUGACAACCACCAUGCCUCCCAGGCUGCCUCCACCUCCUACUCUGUGUCUGCACUCAUCAAGCGAAAGCUUAUCUUCAAGACACGACCCAAACCCAUCAUCACUAAUGUACCCAAGAAAGUAUAAUGCGGCUGGACUGAGUCAAAUGUUAUGUGGGAUGGUAAACAAACUCAUAUAAUUUGGAAAUGUUUUAUGGUUUUCUUUGUAAGAGACUGUUUCUGUAUAAUACUAAAAUCUAAUUUUUUAUAUGAAAGUAUAAGAGAAAAAAAACAACACUAUAUGUGUAAUUAUGUGCAUUUUUUGUUUAUAUGUUGUGCUUUGUAGUGUCUCAGACUAGCCCAGCACAAUACAGUGUUUUGUCUUUCAAUUAAUAUUGCUUUUCUGUAGAAUGCCUAUGAUGAUGAAGCAGUGGCGGCCAGUGCAUUUUGCACCCGGGCCUUCAGUGGCGACCCAAUUGACCUCUUAAUACCACUGCUAUCACAUCAAAAUAAUAUAAACCAUCAGUAACAUAGAAAAGUGCAGUAUAACAAUAGUAUUGCAGAACAGUGGCAUUACAGAACUUGGAUGACGACCAUUAUUACUAAAGCAAAAAGUUGAAGCUGAAAUGUGUACCCU